UUCUCCCGUCGCCGCCGCCGCGCCCUUUCUCAGUGGUUCAGCCACUCUGCUCAGUGCUCACCGCCACAGGUAGGCUACGACAGGGGAGCCUUAAAGGGAACACACGGUGGAAUAAACCACUUUUGUUGGUGGAAGACGGACCCUUUUAGAAACAUCUGGAAUGGAGAAGCACUAGUAAUAGAGCAGCAGUAUACCGGGAAGGUCCAGAGUCUCAGACCGGCCAACACCAAAGGCUUCUCCUCAACUCCUGCAUCCUCCCUUCCUACCAUACAAUGGUGUGCCGGUGUUCCACCUAGACAGGGUCACUAUCUAAAAACCUCCCCCGUCAAACCCUACCCUUUCUGAGGUCGGACCGGCCUCCACAGGGCCUGCCUGGGCCACUCUCUCCCCGCCUUAAUCCCAUUUCUCUCAGCUCAGCCUCCCCCCCCCCCACCUCCAGCACAUCAUGUUGAUGGACAGGACUGAGGAGGACGUCAGCGGUUGCUACUACAACCGCUCGGUCAAGUUCUUCUACGAAGAGAGCGGCAAGAACAUCAGCGACCACUGGCGUAGACGGGACUACGUCAUCGUGAGCCUGGGCAUGUUGGUGUGCUUCAUCGUCAUCCUCUCCAACUUGUUGGUCAUGUUGGCCAUCUUCGUCAACCGCCGCUUCCACUUCCCCAUCUACUACCUGCUGGGCAACCUGGCGGCCGCUGACCUCCUCUCAGGGAUCUCCUACCUCCACCUCAUGUUCCACACGGGCCCCUGGACCAGCAAGCUGUCCAAGUACCAGUGGUUUGUGCGCCAGGGGCUGAUCGACACCAGCCUCACGGCCUCCGUGGUCAACCUGCUGGCCAUCGCCGUGGAGCGCCACCAGACCAUCUUCACCAUGCAGCUGCACAGCAAGAUGACCAAUCGCCGGGUGGUCAUGUUGAUCAUCGGCAUCUGGCUGGUGGCCAUCCUCAUGGGCCUGGUGCCGACCAUGGGCUGGCACUGCCUGUGCGACCUGAAGAACUGCUCCACCAUGGCGCCCAUGUACAGCCGCAGCUACCUGGUGUUCUGGGGCCUGCUCAACCUGCUCACCUUCACCGUCAUGUUGGCGGUGUACAUGCGCAUCUUCCUGUACGUGCGCCACAAGAGCCAGCGCAUGUCGCAGCACACCAGCCAGGUGCGGCACAAGGAGACGGUUGUCAACCUGAUGAAGACCGUCUCCAUGAUCCUGGGCUGCUUCGUGAUCUGCUGGACACCCGGCCUGGUGGUGCUGCUGCUGGACGGCCUGGGCUGCGACAGCUGCAAGGUGCUCCGCUACGAGAAGUACUGCCUGGUGCUGGCCGAGUGCAACUCCUUCGUCAACCCCAUCAUCUACUCCUUCAGGGACAAGGACAUGUGGCGGACCUUCAAGCGCAUCCUGUGCUUCCCGUGUCGGCGGGGCCGCGGCGGGGAGUCGGCGGCCCGCUUCACCAGCAUGGAGCAAGAGCCUCUUAAGGGUCAAGGUACUACAUUGACAGAGUUGAAGAACGGAGCCUCCAAAAGUGUCCUAGGAUCCAAAGACGCCCUGGACUCCUCGGAGAAUUAGCGUUCACCUGAAUCAAGAACAUUUGCCACUUCAUUUUGUAUCAUAUUUUAUCUGUAUUUUUUUUUUUGUAUUGCUCAUGAAUACUGACUAUGAAUACAUUAUGAAUAUUUUUUUUUGUCUUUCAUAAUGUUAUUACCCAGAAAGCAUAGUGCAGGUCAAUAUUUGAUUGCAUUGUAAAAGUUCAUGUAUCAUCUUAGUGUUUGGAAUUUUAUUUCUAUGUGUGCAGUAAACAAGGCAAAAAAUAGUAGGGCUUGAAUCAGCCUUGUAUUUAUAGUCAUCCAAUGACGGCAGGGUUCAAUUUGAGACCAAGAGUUUUAAAAUGUUCACAAUCAAAGGCUGAAUCCAUGUAUAACUUGUAUUUCUUUGGUGAAGUUGUUGCACUUUUUUUUCUUAAUCCAAGGGUACUCUGAAGGAGGGGGUGGGGGGGGUCGUUUUAGAAUUAUCGUUUUGUUCUCUUGGUUUGCAUGUGCACAUCAAAUCAAUCUCAUAAUGUUAAUAUAUUUAAAGAUCUGACCUUUGAACUGUAACCCAGCAGACAUGAUGGCAUUGUGGGUUGAAUCCCAACGUUGAAUUUGCAUGUUUAACCCAUAGAAACUGACCUAUCAUUAAACGCUUGAUACCUGCAAA